AUGAAACGUCAAUGUCGGCCAAUUUGUAAGAAAGAUUGCGGAUAUGCCAAUCAUUCGGGAAUUUGUGAACCUGUUUGUAUAGAUGAAUGUGCUGAGAAUGCAAAGUGUGUGGCACCGAAUCUUUGUGAUUGCAAUAAGGGCUAUCGGAGUAUAGACGAUAAGUGUGUUCCAGUUUGUUCAAAAGAAUGCCCAACUAAUUCAGAAUGUAAUCAACCUGAGCUCUGUGUUUGUAAUGCUGGAUAUACAAUGUCGAAUAAUAUAUGUAUGCCUGUCUGUAAUAAAGGUUGUGGUCUAAAUGCUAUAUGUACUGAAACUGAAAUAUGUAGUUGCUCUCCCGGUUAUGCCAAUAUAUCGAAUACUUGUGAACCAAUAUGUUCGAAUAAUUGUACGGCAAAUGCAAAAUGUUUAGCACCGGAAAAAUGCGAUUGUGAUUCUGGCUAUAUAAUGAUAAAUAAUAAAUGUAAACCAAAGUGUGAUAACGAAUGUGCUCCAAAUGCUUAUUGUUCCGAACCAGGCAUUUGUAGUUGUGUUGAAGAUUAUCAAAAAAUUGAUGGAGUAUGUAAACCGAUUUGUAUAAAAAACUGUCCACUUUUAUCGAUCUGUAUAUCACCAAAUAACUGUGAGUGUGUAAAAGGAUACAAAUUAGAAAAUAAAAAUUGUCAACCUAUUUGCGCUGAAGUUUGUGAAAAAAAUCAUACAACUUGCGUUGCUCCUGAUUCAUGUGAUUGCAUUGAAGGAUAUGAAUUUAACAAUACAAGUAACUCAUGUCAAAGGAUAUCAAAUAUUACUUCUGAUCAACCAUGUUUGAAAGAGAUUAAUCUAACAUUUUUAAAAUUUCAUGUUCCAUGUACAUAUGUGAUGUGGGGAUCUUCAUUUGUAGGACUAUUUGCAACUGCUAUAGUGGCUUAUAAGUUAUAUAGAAAAUAUUGUUCGAAACAAGAGCGGAAGGAAGUAAAUCAAACGAAUUUUGUUAUAACUUUCCAACCAACACCUAUUAAGACCGAUGACGAUAUCAGUGGAUCUGAACAAAUACUAACUGAUUCUCCACCUUUACAUAGAUCAUCGGAACGUAGACGUAUACCUUAA